GAGGAAAAUGCAGUACUUUAAGUUUUAUGAGAAUGUUGCAUUUAAAUUCUUAAAUGAUGAUACAUCUUUUCUUAUUACAGAGAUCUUUGGAUUAACGAGGAGAAAAAACUGAUGGAAAGCAUUCUUCAUCUUGGCCAGCUUUCUUUGGAGUGGCAACAGAAAUAUUUAGCAGCUACGGAUGGUCAUCUGAGGCUGAUUAAUCAUUAUACUGAAGUUGUAGAUUUUUUGUUAAAACAAAAAGGAUCAUCAUUCAAGCCCUCUGUCAAGAAAAAAGACACUAAUUUUGAAUUUGUUCCUGUUAAUCUUCACGUUCAAAGAAUGUGGGUUCAGAAUGUCACCACUAGAAAAACUGGUGUGUAUGAUAUUAUAACAGUUGGAGCAUUUUCAGCUUUUCCCCGACGUUUUAGACAAGGAGGAUUACUAAGGCUUUUAAAUCAGUUAAAGAGUUAUUACCCAUUGUUCAGCAGUGAUAAUGGCUGUGCCAUACUGGGACCAGAUCCAAUUUCUCGAUCUGCAGAAGCCAUAAUGAGAAUUGAACAGCUUCAAGAGGAAAUUGAAUCAGAUCUUCAGAAACUUAUAAACCUCUGUGACCAGAAAAGUAGACCAAAUGUGCAAACUGUGUUGAAUUCUUUAAGUAGUAAGGGUGACCAACUUACUCGUGUUUGUGCACCGAAUAUGGUUGAAGAAGUGCUAGUCAUUUGGGAUUCUUUAAGAUCUAGUUCAGGACAAAGUGGGCUAUGUCCUGGAACUGUUCCAAGUACUAAUAUACCUUCUGAAACGACAUCUGUCAAAGAUCAAAUAUGUGAGAAUAAAGAAGAUUCGUUAGUGAACAUACCUGUUAAAAAAGUUAAUGAACAAGAGCAGCUACUGGAUGAGGAUGAAGUUUCUUCACUUAGACUUAAAAAUACUAGUGAAAAGACUGACAGUUUUGAGUCAGACACUGGUAAAAUUGUAUCUACAACUCUUCCUUCUAAAGAUUCUGAAAACUGCCUUAGUUCACUUAACAAUUUAGAAGAAAUUGAACCUCUGGAUUUAACUCAUUUGAAUAUUAAAGCGAGUAUUAUGUGCAUGGCAAGUAAGGUACAAUCAUUUAUCUGUGGAAAUAAAACAGAGUCAGAUGCAACUGAAUCUUUGACCAAGAAUUUGAAUUGGACAGCUGAAUUGAUGCCUAGCAUAAAAAAACUGCGACAAGCUAUCCAGUGUCUUCUAAAAACUGCAAAGUUAACAUAUAGCAUUACAUCUCUUAAAGAAUCAACAAAAUGCUUACCUUUAACCCAGAAAGUGAGACACAGACGAGAUAUUGUUUUUUCUCAGGCUCUUACAAGUCUGGUGACAGGACUUAUGACAAGACUAUGGUGCCGUAGUCCAGAUUCUAUGUUUAUUCAAAUGCUUAGAACUGUGGGUGUCUUAUGUCACUUUGAAGGACUUCUUAGCUGUUAUGGUGAUGAAAUGGGAGCACUGGAAGAUAUGGUUGUUGGAAUCGAUGAUCUUCGUAGAGUAUUGUUUUGGUUAGAGCCAUCUGAUGCAUCUUGUAAUCCACAGCCGCGAAUUGAAGGAAAUAGGUUAUUUCUGUGUGUCUUCAUUCCUGCUCCUCCAUCUGUUAUAAGUUUAUUGCCUGCUGAUUGUUCUAAUGGUUGUCGUUUUACUGUUAGUUCAGUCUUUUUUAAUAUUGGUAUAAAUGAACAAGCCACUUUAGCAGAAAAGUUUGGAGAUACAUCAUUGCAAGAUAAAAUAAACCAGGACAGUUUAAAUUUAUUAAAGGAGCAUUUCUCCAGAUUUCAGAGGACUGCCAAAGCUCAAAAAGGCCACGGUUUUCAUUUUGCUGAAAGUCAUAUAGCUGAUUUACUAGAGCAACUUCAGUGCCAAAUUUAUGCCAAGAAGAGUAAAAAUGUUGAAAUUUUGCAUCUUUCAUCAGAGAUUUGUAAAUAUCUUGGUGGAGUGAGAUUUACUAGCUGUAAAAGUGCAAAGGACAGGACAUCUAUGUCUGUAACUCUUGAACAAGCUAUGGUUCUUUUGAAAGAUUUUAACUUGGAUGACAAGGAAUUGAGCCGUGUAUUAGAAUGUAUGAGAAGUGAAGGAACACGUCGUGAAAACACUAUGAAGAAUACAGGCAUACGAAAAUAUGCUUUCACAAGUUUGCAACUUAUGACGCUUCCCAAGCUUUAUCGUCCACCCCCAGGAACAUAUGGGAAUGUUCAAUCUUGAUGAAAUGUUUUAUUAUGAUUUUUUUAAUUUUACUUAAAGUGUAUAAAAAUUGAAUAUAUGAAAAUGUUUUAGUUUUAAUGUAUAUUUUACCUGAAUUUUCUUGUACAAAAUUCAUUUGUGUUUUAUAAAAUUCUGUAAAGUGUAAUGAAACUUAUAUUUCAUGGAAUUACAAUACAACUGAACAAAUAUAUGCUAACAAUAAAUAUAUGCAUUU